GGUAAAACGACUGUUGCUGCGAGAUCCCUUGCGUCGUUGUGAGUGGUUGCCUCUCAUGUGCAAAAGACAUCAGAAUACAACACUUAAUUACACAAUCCAUAUACUCUUGCAACGUUUUUGCUCGAUGCUUUCAGAUCACUGGCCGUUUGUCUCGAUGAGCGUUGCAUGAGCGUUGCAUGAGGAAGAGGAAAUCACUCCAAGUGAACGGGGCACCGCGGGGUGCCGAACGUCCCGAACCCGUCGAAAUGAGCAAAGACGAAGUGGCUGAGAUGGAGUCGACGGUUCGGCGACUAUAGGUGUGGGGCUGGAUGUAACUGGUUUCGAGCUGGCGAAUCGCUUGGCGGUGAAAAAUACCGAGAACACAAUCAAAGGGGCAUCACACACAAACUUCUGAAUGAGUGUCUUUGUUCAGCUCCCAACUCCACAAGGGUCCCACAAGCACAAGUUUGACAGGGCAAACAGCUCCAGGCUUGAAAGAGAUGCUUGGAGAAUGACUUCAACUAUAAAGUCACGUGCUAUUGGAUCGUUCAAUGAAUCCAUCGCAUUGCUCAAGUCGAUGAAGCUGAAUAUGGUGGAGUCCGACAUUUAUCAUUGCAACAACAUUCUCUCAAGCAUGAUUCGAUCCUGUAAGCUUUCAGACUGGCAUCAAAGUUUGCAAUUGCUCUCUUCCUUUGCCUGCGAUUCUUGUGCUGACACUGUGAGCUACAACUCUGCUAUGCGUUGCCUUCCGUGGCGGACCAGCUUGGCACUCUUUACAGCUCUAAAGAAGAGUGCAGGAUGUACCUUUUCAGAUGCUGGCAAUGUGGUGAUCUCGUACAACAGCUUCAUCUCUUCCUUCAAAGAAUCGCAAGAUGGAUGGCAGCAAUCGCAACAUGUCUUGAUGGAGAUGCAAUGGAACCAAGUCAAAAUGGAUCAUUUCACCUUUAUGGCUGCCUCAAAAAAGCGCUCGUUGGGCGGUCCCGCAAGCUGGCAGAAAUCGUUUGAACUGACCUUGGAUCUCUUGGCAUGGAACUCAGUUUUGGGAGCACGAAGAUCAGAAAGCACAUGGCAAACUCCACUGCACUUGCUUCAGCUCAUGUUCAGCUUGGGUCUUCUUCCAGAUAUUGUUUCGUAUCACAGCUGCCUCCAGCAAGACAUGUGGCAGCUCACGUUGUCGCUCAUGAAAUCUGCAGAUCGAAUGAGCCUGGACAUCAUCACGAUGAACUCAGCCAUGAGCUCACUGGGCUCCGGAGAAUGGUUUCUAGCUCAUACCCUUCUGGAAAGCACGAAGCAUCGACGGCUUUUGCCGAAUGCUUUGUCUCUCAAUACAUUCUUGCAUUGCAUGUCCAAGGGAAAGAGAUGGCAAACGGCCAUGAAACUCUUCCAUGAUGGUCUGGGCUUGAGACGUGAUUCCUUCAGCCUCACGUCGGUUAUCACUGGCAUUGGAUGGCAAAAGGGACUUGCUUUGCUCCAAGAAGUUGCGCUCUGUCAACAAAUGAACUUAGAAGCUGCGAUUCCUUCCAAUGCGGCGCUCAAUGCAUGUGCCCAGGCUAGUGAGUGGCAAAAGGCUUUGCGACUCUUAGACCAUGUUAGCUCUAUUUGCCUAACACGCUUGGGCCGUGCUGAUGAUUCUGAUGCCCAUGCUCAAGCUCUUGUCAGCUUUGGCACGGCUAUUAACACCUGUGGAAAAAACCUCCGAUGGCAGCAUGCUCUUUGGCUUUUAUUUGCCCAGAUGCCGCUAAUGAGAGUUGAAAGAGAUUUGGUUUGUUGCACGGCAGCGGUGAGUGCUUGUGAAAAAGGCAGCCAAUGGAAACAUGCCCUGUCCUUGCUGGCAGAAAUGCCACCAUCCCGGAUAUAUCCAAGUCCAGUGACCUUGAACGCAGUGAUCAGUGCUUGUGGAAAAGCCAGCCAAUGGGCAGAAGCUUUGUUUGUCCUUAAGCUCAGCGGAUCAGAUGCAGAUGUGGUGUCCUACAAUGCUGCUGCAAGCGCUUGCGAGAGGGCAAGCUUGUGGCAGACUGCCUUGGAUCUAUAUGGAGAGAUGGCGGCGCCAGACGCGAUCAGUUUCAAUGCCGUGGUCACCGCCUGUGAGAAUGAGAAGAAGUGGGAACAGGUUCUGGCCUUGUUGGCAGAUGAUUCAACUGCUUCUGGAGCUCGGCUAUUUGCACUUUUUGACGCCGAGUUCUCCGAGGAGGAUCUAUCAAAACUUGACACGCUGGAGCUGGUGCAGAUGGCUUGGCGACUUGCAAAAAUGGGCCAACUUGGUAUGUUCAAGCUCUCGCCGGUGGUGCUCAUGCGAGCUUGGCGACGAGUUGCCCUCGUUGCUUUUGCAGGAGGAUGCAGUCUCUCCGAGAUAGCGACCUGUUUAUGGUCAAUGGCAGCACUGGGUGUCCAAGAUGAUGAGUUCUUUGUCAAUGCUAUCUUGGAGUUGCAGAAGAGGCUUGCAGACACAGAGCACAAGCUGCUGAACUGCCGUGCCUUAGGAAAUUUGCUUUGGGCAUUGGCGGUGGCAGGGUGCCGCGCCGAACGGAUGCCUGUAGACAAGCAACAGCUCGUGUAUGGGACAUUGCAGGACGAAGUUUUGCAACGAGCAGAAACCGCAACAGAGUCACCUGGUGUCUUGCGAGAAACUUUGCUAGAGAUGCUUUGGGCAUCAACUUUUGGCAAGCAGCUCUCUACCUUCACAUUGGAACGUGUGAAGGAUUUGGUCAUGCAAAUUACAAGCAGCAUAGGAAGGCGCAAAGACAAAGACGUCGACUGGAAUCUUUGGGAGAGGUCCACCAGUUUCUUUGGACCAGAAGCCGAUACACAAAGUUUGCCUCGUUGCGUGCAGAUCAUGGAAGACCGACUUGUGGUGCACAAACCAGCUGGAUGGCAGGUUGAUGACUCGAGAGAUCUCAACUCCGAAGAGUUGUCACGUCUUACUCUUUCAUGUUUUCUGAAGAUCGUCCUGCCACGUUCCCAGCAGCUGCUGCUGGAUGAUAUUCAACAUCGACGUGGGUUCCUUCAUCGCUUGGACGUACCGACUUCAGGCUUAAUUCUGGUAGCUACAAAGCAUACAGCCUACUUCGACUUGCAGCUGCAAUUAGCAUCUGGCAAAAUCAAGCGGGACUAUGUUGUACUUUGUCAUGGCUUGUCAAGACGCAGGACCAUUGAGGCGCCAGUGCAUUGGCUGGAGGAUGGGCCAGACUGGUUUUCAGGAAGUCGGGUGUUGUCCUAUGGAAAGCCAGCAUGCUCAUUUCUCGCAACAGUGGCUACAGCUUGCAGACCUGCAAGCGUGUUCUCCUUGAUGGGGGUCAAUAUUUUGACAGGUCGCUCACAUCAGAUACGCUUGCACACUUCUCAUAUCGGGCAUCCUGUUGUGACAGACGGGCGGUACUCUGCAGCAGCAACCUUUCAGGAUGACCUGUCAUGGUGCCCGCGCAAUUUCCUACACAGAUAUAGCCUAACCUUUUACCGUGAUGGCUCAUGGACAACGGAAGAAGAGGUCGUGCAGCAGCUGCCUGCGGAUUUGAGAAGGGUCCUCGACCUUAUUCCAGGACGUCUCAGAUCUUGCAUCGGAACUUCAGAAGCUCAUGGAAGCCUUGGAGACCAUGAAGCGAAAGCAGGAGGUGCGUCAAGCUUGCCCUACGUCGUGUUUGUAUAUUAUCCUUGAG